UAUUAGAAUUGCUGGUGCAAAUGAGACUCUGGUUAAUAUAGUGAUAAUAGGAAGCCCAGCAUUGUAUUUUCCUCCCUCCUACCCCUCUCCUCAUUAUAAAUUUUGUAUACCGGCAUCCACAGUGCCCUGGCCUUGCGAAAGAAUCCACGUGCAAAUCGCUCUCAUAUCACCUCGGCGUGUUGAAUUGCUGUCGAGAAUUACUCAUACUAGUAAGAUGGCUGGUGCACUUAGAAGAACAUUCAAGCCUUUGUUUGAUAGAAUACUUAUAGAGAAAUUUCUUCCAGAAGUAAAAACAAAAGGAGGUGUUCUUCUGCCAGAGAAAAGUCAAGCCAAAGUUUUAGAGGGUACUGUWAUAGCUGUUGGCCCAGGAUUAACAGAUAAGGACGGUAGACAUGUGCCUGUAAGUGUUAGUGUUGGUGAUAAAGUACUGUUACCAGAAUUUGGAGGAACAAAAAUUCAGCUUGAUGACAAGGAAUUACACAUUUACAGAGAUAACGACAUUCUUGGAAAGUUUGAAGACUAAUUUACGUUUUAYAAUUUCAUUUCACACUGAGUAUUAAUAAAUUCUAGUAGGUUUUUUUGCAUGUACUUGUGUUCCUAUGUGAAGUCCUUGUAAUGAUGUCAUACUGUAUACAGUAAAAACCUGCAUAAUACAGGUAUAUAAUAAAGAACACCCAUUUUCAGGUGAUUGAGUUCUCAUCUGAAAGGGAUUUUCUGCAAAAUCAUAUUGGAAGUGUUCAUUUUUCAAGCCUAMUUAGUGCGGUCUUAAUAACAUAUGGUAGUUAUUUUGCCAAAUUUCCGCUUGGGUCUUGUUGUUCACUCUUUAWAUGCAUAUUUUUACUGUAACAUGGUUUUAAGUAUUAAUUGGUAAAAGAGCAAAACAAUCUGUUAAAUAAAGGCCAAAAUAUAUAACUAGUCUA